CUGCCAGUGGAGGGCCUUUCCCAACGCCUUCGCCCAGCCCCUAAACUCCUGAACCCUGUCGCGAAACCCAGGGCCAACUUUCCGGUUUGGGAGCGGUCGGAUGCAGAAGGAUGAAAAGUGUUCUCUGAGCGGUCCAUCCUCCGCCCCACCGCAUUGGAAGGCAGAGGCCGGGCAAGGAGCGGGCUCUGCGCACGCGCAGCGCGGCCACGUGGAGCCGGCGCGGAGGCAAACAUUCUGAAGACAGGAGGAGCCUAAUGCCCAGAACUUCUAACUGUGCCAGCCUCUGCCAGUCAUGUCACUGGAUUUGGAUGAGCAAUCUCCUUUGCAGAGCUGGAGGGGAGGAGCUGACUCCGAUGACUGGCAUACGCAGGCCUGCUCUGGAAGGAAGUUUGGGAGACAGACACCGAGUCUCCAGCAGUGGUCGCCACUGACAGGAACAGAUUUUUCAGUAUGGCUGCAGCCCCACAAGCACCAGGGAGGGGCUCCGUACGGAAGACGAGACCUCCACCUGUGAAGACGUCACUGAACAACCCGUAUAGCAUCUGCUGGGGCGCCCUGGACAGGGAGGACAUGCACUUCAUACUGCAGACCCUGGAGGACAGAAUUCAGUCUCUCGGGCUUCAGAAGAUUGAGGAUAGGAAGAGAAAGAAAAAGCAGCCCCCUUUGAAAAAACAAAGUGGAGACACGAGCAGCAUAGACGUGGACACUGGUGAGGAUCUGAAGAAAGAAAAGCCUGAAGGUAAUGCCCAGGUGUCAGGGUGGACCCCGGCUGACGUCAGGAAGCAGCUUGCUAUUGGCAUCAACGAGGUCACCAGGGCACUAGAGAGAAACGAGCUGCUCUUGGCCUUGGCGUGUAAGUCUGCCAAGCCAGCCAUCAUGACCUCACACCUGGUGCAGCUGAGCGUCAGCAGAGGUGUCCCCGCCUGCCAGGUUCCCCGGCUAAGCGAGAGGCUCGCACCUGUCCUGGGCUUAAAAUGUGUCCUGGCCUUGGGGUUCAAGAGGAACACUACUGCCUUUGGGGAGGAACUGAGGGCCAUCCUCCCCAGAGUCCCCCGUCUGAACGUGGCAUGGCUCCAGGAUGCACUCGAAGACCCCAGGGAGAACCUGCAGACAGAAUCUUUGGAAAGCCAAGAUGAAGAGAUUCUGGACACUUCCUUUGAAGACCUCUCUAAACCCAAGAGAAAGCUUGCUGAGGGUCAGCAGGCUGUAGUGUUAAAACCCCUGAAAAUAAAGAAACUGAUUCCAAACCCCAAUAAGAUAAGGAAGCCACCCAAAAGUAAAAGAACGGCUUCAAAGUAAUCUUGUGUAAACCUGUCACUUGAUACAGUUCAGUUGUAAACACCACCUCCUUAAGAAGCCUUAAAAUGAAUAAAAUGACUUUUAUAUAUA